AUGGUUGUUGCAUUCUCUGAAAUGAUGGUAAGAAUUAGAAAGCUUGUGACUUCUCGUCCAAUAUUCGUCAUCUUCGUCCUGGCAUUUCUUGUGUUUGUUUUCGGGUGCAUACCGGUCACGAUUUGGCGUAGAACAACUAAGGACGUAACAAACGAAAUUGCUUCUAUCACUGAAGAUCUCCAGUCAAGUCUAGUUUCCGAGGUUGAAAACAUCGGAAAAUUUACCUACCAGAAGACCAGUUCAUCUACAACCGGUUUAGCCAGAAUUAUAGAUUCUUAUCUCACCAACAAUGAUAUUCAUUUCAAAAACAUUCAAACACAGAUCGCACCGGUUCUGUUUCAAGCCUAUUCAACGAUCCCUCAAGUCUCUCAAGUUUUGUACGUCAGUACAGAUGGUCUCUUGUUUUCUUACAAAACAGAACUAAACGCAAGUGUCGCUGUUUUUGCCAACUCUUCGUCCUCGAACUCAAGUGGUAAAGGAGACUACACUUGGUACAAACAAACCAUUGAUCAGAUAACCGGUCGUCUUAUCGGGAAUGCAACGAAAAUUAAGCCCGUUGAUGUAACCCAUAAAGACUGGUUUCAAGCAGCACAGAGAAACCACACUAUGACCUUUGUGGGAGCUGGUUUGGGAGGAGAAGUUAACGAAACUAUGUUUCAGUGUGUAGUUAGCUUGGACAGCAAGAAAGGAGUUGUUUUAUUAGGGUUUCCGGUUAAGACUUUAAUUGGCACUUUGAACCAUUUGGAUCUACAAGGUGGACAGCUUUACUUGUGGACCAAGGAAGGGACCUUGAUUGUUCCUGAAAGUUCACUAAAUGCUACUUUCUUCACCUCUAAUGGCUCCAUUUGCUUCCGUAGAGAAUCCUCGAGAACCCUCUCGUCUCAUUGCAUCCACGGAAACUGUAGUUCUAGUGCCUACCAGGUGGUGAUCGGAGGAUCCAAACUCCAAGCUUUUUGCUCUGUUCUUGAAGUUUCCGGCGUGCCUCUGAGAUACACACUCAUGUUUCCCAACAAAGAAAGAACACCAAGCAUCGGGAGCGCAUCGCUAUAUCUGCUUGUUGCAGCAAUGUUUUUAGGCUUGUGCUGGCCUCUAGGGUUUGUGUAUUUUAUGGUGAAUGCAGCAGGAAGAGAGAUGCAUAUGCGUGCAACAUUGAUAAACCAAAUGGAAGCAACACAACAGGCCGAGAGGAAAAGCAUGAACAAGAGCGAAGCCUUUGCAAGAGCUAGCCAUGAUAUAAGAGGUUCCCUUGCAGGGAUUACCGGUCUUAUUGAUAUAUGCCAUGACUCUGAAGAAGUUAGACAUGGUUCUGAGCUAGAGACUAGUCUUAAGCUAGUGAAUGGCUGCACCAAGGAUCUGCUUGAUUUGCUUAACUCAGUUUUGGACACGAGCAAAAUCGAAAGCGGGAAGAUGCAGUUAAAGGAAGAAGAGUUCAACCUAGCAAAACUUGUGGAAGACGUCAUCGAUUUUUUUCAUCCUGUGGCGAUGAAGAAAGGGGUUGAUGUGGUUUUGGAUAUGCACGAUGGCUCGGUUUUUAAAUGCUCUAACGUACGAGGAGAUGGUGGAAAACUGAAGCAAAUCCUCAACAAUCUUGUCAGCAAUGCGGUCAAGUUCACGGUCGAGGGACACAUUCUGAUCCGAGCUUGGGCUCAGAGGACAAGUUCCAAUGUGGUCCUUGCAUCGGACAAUGAAGGUGGUUUAUCAAAGUUUUCAAAGUGUAUAAAGAAUAAAGACCAGUCGUCAACAUCAAGAAGAGACAAUGGGAACAUGAUGGAGUUUGUGUUUGAAGUGGAUGACACAGGUAAAGGGAUACCAAUGGAGAUGCGCAAAUCAGUGUUUGAAAACUAUGUUCAGGUAAGAGAAACAGAUCAAGGACAACAAGGAACUGGACUAGGACUUGGGAUUGUGCAGUCUCUGGUAAGAUUAAUGGGAGGGGAGAUAAGGAUCAUUGACAAGGCCAUGGGAGAGAAGGGCACAUGUUUCCAGUUCAAUGUUUUAUUGUCAGUUGCAUCAGAGUCUCAACUAAGUAGACAGGACAUGGAACUGGAAGAAGGAAAUUACAAGCCUUGGGCUAUUAAAACUUCAUUGGGAGGUAGCAUGAGCAUACGCAAUAUGAGCCCUAGGUUACACAACUGGCUCAGCUCAAGUCCAAAGCAAGAAAGGUCUCGAGUGGUUCUUCUGCUGAAAGAUGGAGAACGGAGAAAGGUUACAGAGAAAUACAUAAAGAGCCUUGGAAUAAAAGUCACAGUGGUGGAAAAAUGGGAGCAUCUGAAUCAUGCCCUGGAGAGACUUCUUGGGUUUUCACGUCAGGGUUCCAUGGGAAGAGCAGAGUGCGGAUCAUUAAGCUCGAGCUCAAGGGAGUUGCCUUUGAUUGGCAUGGAUGGGAUUGAUUCAAGAAGCCAGACUCCUAAAAGAACAAGGCAUGGUUUCUCUCCAGCUUUCCUUCUGGUGAUUGAUGCGGAAACCGGAGACUUUCUUGAGCUGCACGACAUCGUUGAACAGUUUCGCAGAGGCUUGCACCAUGGUCAAUCAUGUAAAGUUGUUUGGCUUAACGGACCGAGCGGAAGUGAAAGUUUGGAAGGGAACAUUAUCUGUUCUAAACCCUUGCAUGGAUCAUGUCUCAACCGAGUGCUGAAGAUGUUGCCUGAAUUUGGAGGAACCGAGCCAAAAGAAGACAAACAAGGAGCUUUCAAGCCUAGUGAAGAUGAGUUCUUGAGUGGAAAGAGGGUUAUGGUGGUGGAUGAUAAUCGUAUAACAUCUUCAGUUGCAACAAGAAAGCUGAAAAAGAUGGGAGUGUCAGAGGUCAAACAAUGCUACAGUGGGAAAGAAGCUGUGAAUUUAGUCAGUAAAUGGCUUACACAAAGAGAGCUAGAAGAAGAAGGUUCAACACAAAUGUUUCUUCCAUUUGACUACAUUUUCAUGGACUGCCAGAUGCCAGAAAUGGAUGGAUAUGAAGCAACUAGAGAGAUUAGAAAAAUGGAGGAACAAUAUGGUGGUGGUUUGCAUAUACCAAUUAUAGCUGUAUCUGGACAUGAUCAUGGUUCAAGGGAAGCAAUAGAAACCAUCCAAGCUGGAAUGGACGCCUUCAUGGAGAAACACCUGAAUCAUGACCAACUUGCAAAGGUCAUCAGAGAAAUCACAAAGCAAGGUAUGGGCUCUCUUAACUAGUAUUGUAAGUUGCUUAUAUCAUUAGGCUUUU